UGGAUUUUUGUCGUACUUUUCUACUUCUUCUUUUUGAAUUCAUCCGAAAUUUGGGUUCACAUUUUGAAUCUUUUUCAUUUUUUAACAUUGAAAAAUUGAAAUUUCAUGCAUUUAGUAGCUUAGUUUAUGUAUGGUUUGAUUCUUGGAUUCUUCAUAUUAGUUUGCAUUAUUUUCCUCAUGUUGAGGCUUGUCAAGUCAAUCCUAUAUACUUGUUUAGUUUUUACGCGCUUUAAUAAGUUUUUCAGUUAGUGAAUGUAUAACUUCGAAAGACAUAUUCCCAAGAGCUUCCUUUUUAAAAUUGGGCAGGAAUACACGAUCUAUUUAGUAGCUCUAUAUUGCAAGAAUAAUUAGUGCCAUGAUGAUUGUCUGUGUGCAAUUUGGAGGAAAAAAAUGUGGUGGAUUUAUAAAUUUGGAUUAUAUAAAUUGGGACAUUAAAGGAUUUCUUGGUAAAGAGAUAGAGAAACUCUUUAUUAACUUGCCAAUAGGUUAAUGCAUAGUCCUGAAAAGGUUUGAACUAUUUAAGGUUCAAGAUCUGACAAAUGCAAUGGUAAGACUGAUAAUUUUUGGUUGCUUUAUUCUGAUCUCUGGUUUUUCUUCUUCUCUCUUUAAAUGUGCUUCUGUUGAACCUUAUCUUGAAUUUCUGUUCUCAAAUUUGCUUGGUUCUGAUAUGGCCAGUUUUUUGCAGGUACAAACUUUCUAGUUUUGUUUAAUGCUUUGCAUUGUUCUUUGAGGCUUGUAAAUAUGAAGAAGCAGAACUCCAUGACUUCUAAUAUUGGAGAUUUUGCUGGACGAAUAACACGUGCUCGAGCUGCUGCCUUGAGCUCAGCUGGACAGAUGCCUCCUUUAAAAGAUCAUGUGGAAGAAAAUAAAAGAAUGGCUCGUCGAGGUAAUACAAAAAGAGCAGCCUUGGAUGAGAACAACACUGAUGCACCUGAUAAUCCACACCACCAGCAUAAGAGAAGAGCAGUACUUCGAGAUGUCACAAAUGUUUGCUGCAAGAGUUCUUGCAAGAGCUGCUUUAAUGAUACUAAAAUUCAGGACAACAGCAUUCAGCAGGCAAAAAGAGGUCAGGCCAGGGUAACCAAAGUGGCUCCUUCUGUUUCUGUAGAACUGCCACAGGUUGAAGCUAAUUCAAAAAUAAAAAUUAUCCAAGACAUAGUGAAAGAAGAAUCUAAACUAGAAGAAGUUUCAACCAGCUUGCAUACAGAUAAACCUCUGCACUUAAUUACUAUACAGGAAUGCGGCAUAGAUGAUCAAAGGAUUGCAGACCUGAGUUCCGGUAUGCCUUUAGAGUCUCAAAGUUCUCUAAAUGAAGAGGAGAAAGGCGCUUUUCAUGGGAAGCUAAUGACAUCAUGUGAUCCUGACUACGUGAACAUUGAUGUUGAUAAUACAGAUCCUCAACAGUGCAGCCUCUAUGCUGCUGAUAUCUACACUAAUUUGCGUGUUGCUGAGCUCAUCCGAAGACCAUCUCCUAGUUUUAUGGAAAGAAUACAACGUGAUAUAACUCAAACCAUGCGGGGGAUUCUAGUUGAUUGGUUAGUGGAGGUCUCCGAAGAAUAUAAGUUGAUGCCAGAUACACUUUACAUGACAGUAUACCUCAUUGAUUGGUUUCUUAGUCAAAAUUACAUUCAAAGACAAAAACUUCAACUGCUUGGCAUCACUUGCAUGUUGAUUUCCUCGAAGUAUGAAGAAAUAUGUGCACCACGAGUAGAAGAAUUUUGCUUCAGCACUGACAACACUUACACAAGAGAGGAGGUUCUAAAGAUGGAGAUACAUGUACUAAAACAUGUUGGCUUUCAAUUAUCUGCACCGACUGCAAAAACCUUUAUAAGGAGGUUUCUUCGAGCAGCACAAGCUUCUUACAAGAGCCCCAGUCUUGAAUUGGAGUAUUUGGCCAACUUCCUAGCAGAAUUGACGUUGGUGGAUUAUGGUUUCUUGAAUUUCCUUCCUUCUAUCAUUGCUGCAUCAGCUGUGUUUCUUGCCAGAUGGACGCUGGAUCAAUCAAGUCACCCUUGGAACACAACUCUUGAACAUUACACAUCCUACAAGGCAUCUGAUCUAAAGAUGACAGUGUUUGCAUUACAAGAAUUACAAAUGAAUACCAAUUGUUGUCCUCUGAAUGCUAUACGCAUGAAGUAUCAGCAACAAAAGUUCAAAUCCGUGGGAACUUUGUCCUCUCCAAGACUACUUGAAACACUUUUUUGAAGACAGGUGGUUUACUCAUCUACUUGGAGAGGGGGCUGCUAACAGAUAACAUAUAGCUUGCUUUUGCUUUUGUUAGUUUCUCCACGAGGUUUUGUACAAUGUCUAAUUCUUAAUUUCUAGAUUUAAAAUUUUUCUUCUCAAACUUUGUAGUCUUUGUACAUAAGAUCUUAACAUUUCCAUCUGGGUUUUGUUUCUUACAAAAUUGUGUCUUUUUAAGGUUGUAUUGGCAAUGCCUCUAAGUCUGAAUAUAAGUAUCGAACUGUCGAUAUUAUGAUCUUUAUUCAUUUAAUACUCGUAGAUCCGAACAAUGAUACAAAAUUUAAUCUUUUCUUGUUGUUAAGUCUGUGACAGACAAUGUAACUCUUUGAAUGUAAUCUUGGCAACCAGUGGCUACUCUGAACAUAUAUAUAAAUAGCCUUUAAUUGC